AUGGUCAACCAAGAUAAUUGCUGUAAGUAUCCAUCGGUUGCGUUUCUCGUGUACGUGCAAGUUGAUACUCAGCAGAGCCUUACCGCCAAUGAUCUCUUGAAGAAGAUACGAAUGUACGCUGUUGGGUUUCAACAACAUGGCUUGAAGCCUGGCUCGAGGGUAUGCACCCACAUCCGGAACACCAUCGAAAAUAUAGCCGCAGGAAUGGCGGUUGUAUUCGCUGGAGGGACACUUGUUAUGGCGAAGGCCUCCUACGUUGCAAGGGAAGUAUUAUACACGAUUAGAGACAGCGAAUGUGAUUACAUCCUAACAGACAUGGAUACCGCUCCAAAUCUUCUCAAAAUUACCAUGCCAUCAACUAUAAAGCCGAGUCGUCUCUUUUCGACUUCGCAGGAGCUGUUCUGUGUUGGAAGAGUUCCCGGUUUUAUUGACAUCCUCGAGUUCCAAGACUACUCGGAGGCUAGUCUGAAGCCCCACAUUCCUGCUGACACAACGGAGGAGGUCGUCGUGAUGCUGUACACAUCCGGAACCACGGGCCUUCCAAAAGCCGUGCAAGUCUCCCACAAAGCUUACGUCUCCUGCUACCGUACUUUAAUGGCUUCAGGUCUUUUUCUUGAAGAUGACGCAAUUCUUGCCUGGAAUCCCUUCACCCACGCCUCCGGGUUUGUGAUCGACACCAUCUGCGUGUGCCUGGGAGCAACGGUGAUAGUUACGGAGCCUUCCCUAUCGUGCACAGAUUUCUUGGAAACUCUUUCUACACAUCAAAUAUCUGUGAUUUUCGCAUCUUCUGAAAGGCUACGGGAGAUUCUCAACGAAGCGAGAACAAACAACCAUCCAGCGGUGGGUCUGAAGAAGAUUAUAGUCGGAGGGACGGCGCUCGCCGAAUCUCUAGGAACAGAGUUAUGCAAGUUCUUUGGUGUGAACUCGUUCGUAAACUUCUACGGCUUGACUGAAGCGUUUCCUCUUGUAAGCUGCACUCCUCCUGGAAAAAUCUCCAUGGACAACGUCGGCGUUCCGUGUGCUGGCACCAAAGUCAAGAUUAUCGACCUCUCCAGCGGAGUUUCUCUUGGCGCUUAUCAAAAAGGCGAGAUCGUGGUUCAGAGCAAAACCCUUAUGAAGGGAUACUACGGUCGUCCGGAAGCUACUCUAGAAGUCCUGAGCCGCGAUGGCUGGCUCCGCACGGGGGAUCUCGGGUACUAUGACAGUAAUGGACAGAUCUACAUCGUAGAUCGGAUCAAGCAGAUGAUAAAAUGUAUGGGGAACAUUGUAACUCCUGCCGAGUUGGAAGAAAUCUUGACCACACACGAGGCGGUUCUGGAAGCCGCUGUGGUCGGCAUACCCAGUUCGAAGUACGGGGAGGCUCCGGUCGCUUGUGUCGUUGUCAAGGGAUCCCAGGAAGAAGGCCUAGAAAGUCUGGAACAAGAACUGAAAGAACUCGUAGCAGGUCAAACAGCGACCUUCAAGCAUCUGUACGGCGGCGUGGUUUUUAUGAAUUCUCUACCGAAAUCAGAAAAUGGGAAGAUUCUGAGGCAGGAGUUGAAGUCAAGGAUAUUGUCCGGAAAUGUCUAG